CUCAACAAUGGGAUCAUGGGUGCAUUGACAGAACUCAUGCAGACAUACAGCUCUCGUUUCAGUCACAGGUCAGAGACCUCUCUGCCUCCUGCAGUCAGCUGCUACAACAACAACAGAUCCUCUUUUAAGCUGCAAGGACUCCACAGCCGAGUAGAGGGAACCCAAACAACGAGCUAACGCAAACCCACAAGGACACUUUUAUGUGGACAUCAUGGAGUUUGUGCGAUUUGGGACGGAGGAUGAUGACGACGACGCAGCGACUCAGUACAUGAUUGAACAGAGUCUGCUGGAGAGCAACAAACAGAAGGAGGAAACCCACCGAGACUCGACAACACGGGACAGCAGGAGCUCUGGACCUGAGUCUGCAGACUGCAUCUUCACUGCCAUAAGACAAGGUAAUGAGAAGCUCUUGAAGGAGCUAAGCGUCCGGCACAGAGCCAAGUUUUCAGAGACAGACAGCCGAGGUUGGACCCCUCUGCACGAAGCAGCAGCUCAGAGCAACCAAAACAUCCUGGAGCUCACACUCAACGUUUCAGGCUCAGACUCUGUGCAGAGUCGUACUCUUCGUGGUCAGACCCCUCUCUUCCUGGCAGUAGAAGGAGGUCUGAUAGAAAACGCCUCCUUCCUCCUCCAACGCGGAGCCCAGCCGGACAGCCAGGACCACGACCAGGACUCCCCGCUGCUUCUGGCGAUCCGCUCAGACCGUGCGGACAUGAUGAAGCUGCUGCUCCUGCACGGCGCCGGGGUGAACCAGGAGGGUUGCCAUGGCCGCCGUCCCCUCCACGAGGCCUCUCGGCAGGGUAAGACCGCGCUGGUGAAUCUGCUGCUGGAGGCCGGGGCGCAGCUAGACCCCCCCAGCCACUACGGCCUCACACCGCUGGCCCUCGCUGCCCAGGCGGGACACCUGGGGGUGGUGGAGACUCUCCUGAGGAGAGGGGCUGACGUCCUGUCCCAGGCGCAGGAUGAGGCGUCCAUCUUGUACGAGGCCUGUUCAACUGGAGAUCCAGCCGUCAUCAGUCUGUUGCUGGAGUACGGCGCAGACGCCAACGUAGCCAAACAGACGGGACACAUGCCAAUCCACCGCGUUGCACACCGUGGACACCUGCAAGCUCUAAAGCUGCUGAUUCCAGUCACUUCUAGAGGAGAAGUCAACGACAGCGGGAUGAGUCCUCUACACUCUGCUGCUGCAGGAGGACACACACUCUGCAUCAAGGCCUUACUGGAUGCAGGUUAUGACCCCAACUACAUGCUGGAGCCCUGGAUUCGGCGUAACUAUGACGACGGGCGGAAGUCGGCGCUCUUCUUCGCCGUCUUAAACAACGACGUGCCGUCAGCCAAACUGCUGCUGGAGGCCGGGGCCAUGGCUAACCAAGACCCAAUCAAAUGUCUGCAGAUCGCUCUGCGGGUGGGAAACUACGAGCUCCUCGACCUGCUGCUGAGGUUCGGAGCCAACGCCAACUAUUACUGCAAGAUAAACACGACACACUUCCCGUCAGCCCUGCAGUACGCGUUCAAAGACGAGGUGAUUCUCAGGAUGCUGUGUAAAUAUGGUUACGAUGUGGGGCGCUGCUUUGACUGUCCCUAUGGCAACGGCUCCCACAUCCCCGAAGACUUUGAGGGAUGGAGCGACACUGUGAUCAAAGACAACUCGUUCUGCGAGGUGAUCUCCGUCUCCUGGCUGAAGCACCUUUCGGGCCAGUUGGUCCGCAUCAUGUUGGACUACCUGGAUCACGUGACCCUGUGCUCCAAGCUGAAGGCGACUGUGAUGGAGCAGCAGCAGUGGCCCGACAUCUGCCGGCUCCAGGAGAACGCUCGAUGUCUGCAGCAUCUCUGUCGUCUGCGGAUCCGACGUUGUCUCGGGCGCCUUCGUCUCCGAUCGCCCGUCUUCAUGAGUUUACUGCCGUUGCCGGGGCGACUUAAGGACUACAUCCUGUACCGGGAGUACGACCUGUACAGCCGGCCGAGCAGCACGCCGGGGUGACGCGGGACUUAGGAGACGGACACGAUUCAAAAAAGUAGAAGAUGUUGAAUAUGUAAAGAUAAAUCCAAAUCACACUUUUAAGUCACUUUCACGGGUUGUUACCUCUUUAUUCCAAACCAUACAGCUAUUUCACAGAUUUUAACGUAUUUAUCUAUUUAAAAAACGUGUCAAUUUCCCUUCCUGGAUGACAGUUUGAUCUAAUUGUAAAUAUUUUUGAUAAAGCAUAAAGCAAACAGCAGGCCUAUCUGAAAGUAAGAUACAGAUCGGGAGGAUGUGAUCCAUUGUGAAGUCUUGUUUCAUAAAAGAAUAGAAAAGGAAAAAAAGAAAAGUCUCCCAUUUGUUUAAUUUGGUCAGAUCUGAUUUAGUAUUUCUAUUUUCAUUAUGUCAUUAUUACAUCUGACAACCCAAAUGUGCAUUACAGUUUGUCCAUAUUUUGACUUUUUCACGCUGGGAUUGUAUUGAUAGGAAAUGAUGAAUUAUUAACCUAUUACUGUGCUUGUUAUCUCUUGAUUGUUGAUCUUUUUUUAUGUUACAACCGCAUAGUCCAGAGAUUUGCAUCCAAUUCAAAGUUGAUAUCUUUUUUUGUCAUCAAGAGAGCUUUACUUUCAUCUUUUGAUUUUGUCGGCUCCCAGAGGAUGACUCCCAUCGAUUCUGGUCACUCUCUGGCGCCAUCCGGACAAAAAUAUCCUUUAUGUAUGCAAGAAAUAUGCAGAUUAAUAAAAAAAAAACAAGUAACUUAUGUCAGUAGGGGUUUUUGUUUCAGGUUGUUGUGGACUCCUCUCAUCAUCAUGUUUUUGAAAUAAUAAAAUAAAAACGUGAUGAGAUCAGGUUGAGUGUGCCAGUUGUGAAGUUCAUUUACUAUAUUUAUGUAUAUCAGUGAAUAAUAAAUAGAGUAUGUUCAAGUUAUGAUCAAAUAAAGAUGACAUUUUA